AUGAAGCUGCUGAUUUCAAAUCCGGCGACUGGGCAAAACAAGGUGAUCGAGAUCGAGGAUGAGAAGAAAGUGCGGCCCUUCUAUGAGAAGCGCAUGGCGCAAGAAGUUGCAGCCGAUUCACUUGGGGAUGAAUGGAAGGGCUACAUCGUGCGGAUUGCCGGUGGAAACGAUAAACAAGGCUUUCCAAUGAUGCAAGGCGUGCUCACAAAUGGGCGUGUUCGACUUCUUCUCAAGAAAGGCCAAAAAUGCUACCGUCAACGCCGAACUGGUGAACGCAAGAGGAAAUCGGUCCGUGGAUGUAUCGUUGAUCAAAAUCUUUCAAUCCUCAACCUUGUCAUCGUCAAGAAAGGUGAUGGAGAAAUUGAGGGCCUAACUGACACAGUCAUUCCACGUGUGAAAGGACCAAAGCGGGCAACAAAAAUCAGAAAGCUCUUCAACCUUGAUAAGGAGGACGACGUUCGCAAAUAUGUUGUUCGACACGACAAAGUUCUCAAAAAUGGAAAGACCCGCUCGAUUGCUCCCAAGAUUCAACGCCUUGUUACUCCACGUGUCCUUCAACAUCGCCGUCAAAUAAAGUCUCGUCGAGUGAAGCAACAACAACGACAAAGUGUGCAAGUUGGAGGUGGAGAACGGACAAUUAUGCAAGCAGAACACGAAGAUGAAGGACGAGAUUCGAGAGCUGCG